UAAAGUUGAUGAAAUAGAUUUUUUGAAACACUUGUUUAAAUAAAAUAGAAUCAUAUUUAUUUUAGUUCAAAAAUCUUUAUUGUAUGCAUUCUUCUACAUUAAUUUUCGUUAUUGUCUUAAUCGCUAUUGGAUUAAAUGUUGUUUACUGUUAUGAAUAUGACGAAAAUGAUGCCAUGAUCGCUAAACAUAUUUUGGAUCCCAAAGAACUGACAAAAUAUGCACGUCGAGAAAAUUUAGGAAGGCGUGGUCUGUUUAAGCGUCGUCGCCCUGGUAAAAAUAUUCACCUAAAAGCAGCUCCUACAACUGUAAAAUGUUUUACAGAGGAAACUAUAAGCACUGCAACUAAAGACGAUCAGCACAAACCUUCAACCUCGAUAGCGACGAAUGACUUUGCCUCAGCUAUGGACAAAUGGGAGCUGAAUCCAGAUUUAAAGUUACUAUGGCUGUAUCGGCCGCCUUCUGUACAAUCUCAAUUGCCGAAUGAGGAGUUGACCCAUCGUGUGGUAUUGAGACCACCUCAUGUUAUUACAAAACUAGCAAAACCGUGGUAUGGAUUCGACCCUUUCUUUCGAAAGCCAUAUUUCGAACCGUUUGAAAGACGACAAAAACCAGUGACACUAGUUGGUUUUCGCAAAAAUGGAAUUCUUCCUGGAAAGGCGGCGGAUACAAGUGUUCCUUUGUCGUCUGAAGUUGCGGAAUUGCAGUCAUCGUUUAAUGAUAUAAGCAAUUUUUGGCAAGAUGAUACCCAACUCUUUAAUUUGUAAAAUACGUUAUAUGAUAUCGUGAUCUUGGAUAUGUGACUUUUAAUAAUUUAAUUUAAAUAAAUAAUUAAUUUUUGGUA